GCGCGUGAGUGACCGUGCCAGGGCAAGAAAGAUGGCGGCCUGUGCAUUACGCCGAGGCUUGCUGAGCACAGUCAGUCACUACAACAGAAAACACGCUCACAGGAUACUGAGCGUGGCUGACAGCAGCGGUGGCCUGGAGGUGUACAGACCGCGUCUGCAGUGCCGGGCCUGCGGACUGCCCGGCGGGCUGCAGCAGAGGAGGUUCAUGUCGUCACGGAACAGGCCUGAAGGGAAGAUUUUGGAGACGGUGGGAGUGUUUGAGGCUCUGAAGCAGCACGGCAAAUAUGAAACAGGACAGUUGUUUCUCCACAGUGUGUUUGGCUACAGAGGCAUCGUCUUGUUUCCCUGGCACGCCCGACUCUAUGACAGAGACAUCACCCCUCCCAUGUCUGACAGCAAGCCUGAGCCUCCAGGAGCCCACGGGUCCAAGGAGGUGAAGGGGAAGACCCACACCUACUACCAAGUCCUGAUUGACACCAGGGACUGUCCUCACAUAUCUCAAAGGUCCCAGACAGAGGCAGUGACGUUCCUGGCCAACCAUGAUGACAGCAGAGCCCUGUACGCCAUACCAGGUCUGGACUAUGUGAGCCAUGAAGACAUCCUGCCCUAUAAUUCUGCAGAGCAGGUCCCCAUUCAGCACGAGCUGUUUGAGCGCUUCCUCAUGUACAACCCUGCCAAAUCUCCUCCGUUCACUGCCAGAGACACGUUGAAGGCGUGGCAGGAAAAGAACCACCCCUGGCUGGAACUCUCAGACGUCCACAGGGAGACCACUGAGAACAUCCGAGUCACUGUCAUCCCCUUCUACAUGGGCAUGAGGGAGGCCCAGAACUCUCAUGUUUAUUGGUGGCGGUAUUGUAUCCGUUUGGAGAACAUGGGCAAUGAGGUGGUUCAGCUGAGAGAGCGGCACUGGAGGAUCUUCAGUCUGUCAGGAACCCUGGAGACAGUCCGAGGACGAGGUGUUGUCGGCAGGGAGCCAGUGUUGUCCAAAGAACAGCCAGCAUUUCAGUACAGCAGCCACGUGUCUCUUCAAGCCCCCAGUGGUCACAUGUGGGGGACGUUUCGUAUUGAACGGACCGACGGCUCUCACUUCGAUGUUCGCAUUCCUCCUUUCUCCCUGGAGAGCAACAAAGAUGACAAAGCGCCCCCUGCUGGCUACACAUUCUAACUGCGAGUAGUCAACCCCACUCCCCCACCCCUCCACCUGCAAGGCCCCAGGCACCCUGUCAGUUCUAGCCGUGCCUGGCUUGUCCUGAAUUGUCCUUCCCUUGUAUCAUUGCCUCAGCCUUCAGCAGAAUAGCAUCAGAUUAAGGAGAGGGAAUACAUAGAUAAUCCACAUGCAGGCCCAACUAGCCUUUUUUCCUGUCAGAGUGCACCCAACUGCAGUAUGUCAUUGAUUAAAUCAUAUAAGGUAGAAAGUGUGCGUCUUCACUCCCAUAUCAUGUUUGAACAUGCACUAGUGGAUUUGGGAAGUACCGAGGUGUGAAAUAUUGUUGCCAGGCACAGCUGGGCAUGUUCUGCAUCAAAUAGCUGAAAUAUUGACCAGGUUGUUUUUAUGGUGGGAGUGUUCCCUGUCGAGCUGGGGGUUCAGUGAAAGAGCAGCAGCUCCAUACUGCGGCGUCAGGAUACUUCAAAUCAACAAGAAUACAUGAGGCAUGACUUUUAUCCUGCACCACAUUUUCCGCAUCCGUUUUUAAAGCAUAACAGCACUUCAAUCACGUCAGACCUCUGUGGGCUGUUUUUGAGGCAAAUUAGUUACAGUACACAAGUAUUCCUGUUUUUACUGGUUUACAAUGUUAUGAAAAAGUGGUUGGAUUUAGGAUUUGAUUGACACUUCAGUAGAAAAAGUCUUUAAUGUCAAAACGUAAUCUUAAUUUCCUGUAGUACGGAUAUAAACCACAUUUUGUGCAAAUAUUCUCUCCCUUCAGGUCAGUAUGUAGUUGUGGCAGCAGUUACACUACAAGUCUUUGGUUUGGUCUGGAACUGCUUUGCACCAGUUUGCACAAUUUUUCCCUGUUAAUUUUUCCCAAGCUCAUGUUCUGCCAGGCUUCUUGGGCCAUGAUAGUAACAGCAGCAGUUUAAAGUCUUGUUACACAGUCUGGCAUAUUUCUUGCUGUCUGGACUGACUCAGCCACCUCAGAAUACAAAUAUAGUGGUUUUUGAAGCCCUCCACUGCCGGCAGCAGCCCACAGCAUGAUGCUGCCACCAUCAGGUUGUACGAUGGGAAUUUUGCCCCCUCCCCUCUCUCUUUGGUGUCACUCCCACAUGGACAUUCAGUUUUUGAAGCUGGUGGAAGCAGAUUUACAGUUGUGCCAUAUUCUUUUUUUCUUUAUGGUGAUUAAUCCAGCUGUACUCUACGGGAUACUCACUUACUCAGCCUGAUUUCUUUGUAUCCUUCCAUCUACUAGUAAUUUUGGGAAAUUUUUAACCUGUUACAGAUUUGUCCAGUUUUUUCUUCAUGAUGCCAUACAGACAAUAACUAAGGUGUAUUUAACCUUCAAACCACUUGUCACACCUUCAUUACACCCUGGUGAUCUUUAUACAGAUGAUCAUGUGACUCAGAUGUUGUUGUGUCACAGUGGGGAGUGAAUACUUACACAUCAAAUCUUUUCUGUUUGAUAUUUCCACUUUAUUUAUAUCAAUUAUGUAGAGAUCUAGUUCCCUUUUUGACAUUUAAGUCCAAGAAGUGAAGUGUUUAAAAAAAAAAUCCUAAAUCCAUUCAGUGAUUCAGUAAGUUAAGAAAAAGUUAAGGGGGCUUUUAAAAUGCGACAAUGUGUUGAUGGAUAAAAAUAAAUGGCCAUUUUGGUGGAAACAGGAAAUGGUCAUGUCUUAGUUCUGUCUUUCAGUAACAAAUGAUGUGUACCAUAAAGUAAUUAAACGGAGCAGUCAGACAGAGGCAUGUGUGUCCGCUCCAUGUAAAAACCAGAAUGAAGUCUUCAUCCUGUAGACACAAGGUAGAUGUCUUUUGUUAAGGCUGACUGUUUGACUUUGCAAGCUCUGUGACAAGAAGUUAUGAGCCUAAUAUUUCUCUCUGUAAUGCGAGGAAAGAAACUAACAUGUUUGUUUUUGAUAUGUGAUUUGAAGCAACUGAUGGUUGAAAUACUACUGUAAAUAGAGAUGUAAUUAAAGGCAAAACAAAUAAAUAUACCUUUUGAAAAAUACAA